AUGUUUGGCAUCUGGCUACUCCUGUUGUUCUUACAAUUUUACGUCUUCCCUCUGGCGCAAGCUGCUUCGCUACCGCUACCAUCCCAAAGCGAACCCAUCACACUCACGGAAACGACGAAAUUGACGAUAGCCAACCAUGCCAGCAUUUCCCUUACUAACCCCAGCAACAACACAUCCGUCUUCUUCGGCAACCCGGGAGAUCCCAUCCCAGCUGCCGAAUUACGCCAUACCCUCUCCGUCGCCAGGGCCAGUGUCCAAGCUUACCUUCCUCGCUACGCCAAUGAGCCAAUCUCUGACAGCUUUUUCAAAACAAAUAUUUCAUUCCCUGAGACCGGAAACAGCGUCUGCAUUUCCGUUUACGCCUACGGCUUUGGUCUGUCGUGGCUGCAGCUAAGCCAAGUGCUGGUGAUCCUCGAGGGGUACAUGCGUGGGCGGGGGCCUGGUCAUCCGCAUACGCACUACCAGCAGCUUGAAUUUUACGUACAAUUAAGGGCUGGAAUUGAGGUGGCGCAUGGUGUGGUGGAGUUUGCGCCUGGAGCGAGAGCCGUGGCGAAGCGCACUUUGGUCACCACAACCCUUCUUCAAUUACCGCACGCAAACAUCUCGUCACUCGGUACUGUCGCCCUACCCAUCACAUUCCACAUCCCCAGAACGAACCUCGACCUCAAUAUCACCGCCCUCGGCCUUCCCAUUCCGCAAGAUACCAUGCUCACCACCAUCGAGUCAGCCUAUACAGAGGUAAUCUUAGACCACACCGACAUCGACUCUCCAAUGCCCGCCAACCCACCUUUUUCUUUCACCGCCACUUCUGGGAAACGGCCUCAUCAAUUUAAGACGGAAAUCCUAAUCAUUCCUUAUAUUGGCAAACAGUUCUCUUGGGCUUUGCUGUGUAUUGUGAUGUAUGGGUUAAGAGACUUUCUACGUCAGACGAGUCAUUUCAACUCGGUGAGCUUUCAGAUUAUAGAUGCGAGUUUGGGGAAGAUGGGGUCUGGGGAUGUGCUUUAUUGGCCUGUCAAUGAGAUGGCAUCAACGAAAGGAUUGAAGCUGGAAUAG